AAUCGAUUCAGCCUCUCAAAUUUAGGGUUUUCACUGCGAUUAAAUCCCCAGAAUCAUUUCAGAGCUUUCAACUUUUCUACUGUAAAUUUCUAAGGGCUUUUGCUUCAUUAGGGAUGGCUUUACCACCAAGUCCAAAACGCAGGCGUAAAGACGAUGGUACAAAUGAAACGACAGCAACUUCGCCGGAGAAAUCAUCCCCUGUGGUCGUCUUUGCGCACGGCGCCGGUGCCCCCUCUUCUUCUGAUUGGAUGAUCAGGUGGAAGGAUAUGUUGGGCAAAGCACUGAAUGCUGCUGAAGUUGUUACUUUUGAUUACCCAUACAUGUCUGGUGGGAAAAAGAGAGCCCCUCCGAAGGCUGAAAAGUUGGUUGAUUUUCACGCAGAUUUUGUGAAGCAAACUGUUGCCAAGGACCCUGGUCAUCCAUUGAUUUUGGCUGGGAAAUCUAUGGGUUCAAGAGUCAGCUGCAUGGUAGCUUGCAAGGAAGAUAUUCGUGCUUCAGCAAUCGUAUGCUUAGGAUACCCGCUACAGGGCAUUAAUGGGGCACUGCGAGAUGAAACCUUGUUGCAACUUUCAAUUCCCAUAAUGUUUGUACAGGGUAGUAAAGAUGCACUUUGUUCACUGGAAAAGCUAGAAGUUACUCGCAAGAAGAUGAAAUGUCUUACUGGUCUCCAUAUGAUUGAUCGUGGUGACCACUCCUUCAAGGUUGGAAAGAAGCAACUGCGAACCAUUGGGUCAACGCAAGACGAAGUGGAAGAUCUUGCUGUUGAGGCAAUUGCAGCCUGUCUGUCGAGUUCUUUUGGAGAAAGAUUCUCCUUGCUCUUGUGCCCUGCUGCCUUUUCUUUCAAUUUCAUUCCGGUCCUUUGAGCCACGCAGUGAACCUGGAUUUUGGCCUUGCCGAACUUCUGAUCUAGGUAGUAGGUCUGGGUUUGGCUAUAGGAAUGAGUUUCGGUUUUGGCUACGGUGUCUGAGUUUUGUCCGCAGUGGUGAGUCUGGCUGACAGUUACUGUAAAACUGGCUAGGCGCCCCUGCCGAAUCCUUGUCUUGAAUAGGUUUGUGGUUCUGCAACGAGGCCAUGGAAAGUGAUUGUGAGAGAAGUGUUCUUACCAGCUCUCUAGAACUCUCUUGUGGUUUCUUGGACAUGUGAUAUUGCCUUCUUUUAUAGCCUUAUAGGCAAUGGCAUGGAGCAUGGUAUGAACUUUGUUUCAUUUCUCGACGUUCAAUGACAUUUUUUUUUGAAUUGGGUAA